UCUUAACUCCAGCUCAUCAGUCUGCUCACAUUCGUUGACUCGAAGUGUGUGUGUUUAAAGUGUCGUUGAUUUGCUUUUUUUCUGCAUUUUGUUACCACAAUAAUUGUUCAGUGCCGUUGAGAGUGAAUUUAAAGUGUUAUUGCUGAAGUUAAUUAUUUCUUUUAUUUGCGUUUUAAUAGUUUUUUUUUAUAGUGUUUUCCACCUAAAUAUAAUAUUUCUAUUAGUGCGCGAGUGAAGAAGAGCGAGAAAAGCAAAGAAAAAUGUCAUUUCCAAAGGCAAAACUGAAGAGAUUCAACGAUAUUGCAGUCUUCAGCUCACCUUUUGGUGGGAAACGCGACAAUUCAGCCAGCAAGAAGGAUGAGAAAUCUGGAAGUGCAUCGGAUUUGGAUUCUGUGAAAAGUGCCUCAAAGAGUUCAAAAUCCUCGGCUUAUCGUCUCUUCAGAACGCCGUCACUGCCGCGUCGUCUCAAAUUCCGCACGAAUUCCGAGUCUACGCCCAAGAAGUCAACAUCAUCCGUAAAGACAAAUGCCGGAGGAAUACCUUUGCCUCCUGCAAUCAAGCAGAAGGAGUCACUUGAAAUUGCCACGCUGGAGUUGAAGGAGAAGUGCGAUAAGUUGAUCGAAUGCGAAUAUCUCGUUGCGGCACUGAAGAGCAAAUAUGAGGACAUUCUGGACGAGAACAGCGCGCUCAGGAAGACAGUUGAUGAGCUGGAAAUGUCCAAUAAGUUGCUGCAGCAAGUGGCCGACGGAUCAGUGAAGAAGAUUGAGGAGCUUGAAGUGGAGCGAGCGAUAAUUCUACGGGAUUACGAGAUGGGCGUUGGGGAGUUGAUAAGGAGCAAUCAACAGUUGCAAUUGGAUUGCCAGGAGAAGGAUGAGGCAGUGCAGUUUCUUCAGCUGGAGACAGAGUCUUUCAGAGUGUCUCUCGAGCAGUGCGAGAUUCGCAUUGGGCAGUUUAUUGACGAGGCAAUGGAUUUGCGUCGCGAGAAUGCUGUCCACAAGGAGGAAGUCCAGAAGUUAUCCAGCGAAUUGACCUCAGCCCAGAAUCACGGGAAGCAGCUGACGGAGGAGUUUUCCAGGGCGAGGCAGAUUAUUGCCGAGCUGACUGAGGAGCUGCGCGAUUGCCAGAUAGAGCUGGAUAAUCAUGAUUUGCGGCUGAAGGAGGUGGAAUCCGUGGCGGUGCUCGAGAGGGCGAAGCUAUUGAAGAGUCAUGUGGAGCAACUGGCGGAGGUGGAGAGAGAGAAGCUGACGGACAUUGACAAGAUCAAUGAAGCCGCCGAAGAGAAGAUUCGCAUUGCUGGCCUGCAGGCACAGGAGAAGAUUCGCGGUCUCCAGCGGGAGAUUGAGGUGGCAGUGGGACGAGAGACGAGCAUUUGGCGCUCCGAGCUGGAUCGGUGUCAGAAGAUUGCCGAGAAUGAGAUUCUGCAGAUGGAGUACGAGAAGAGAGACCUCAAGACGCUCUUGGAUGACGCUAAUGAGUUGAUGCGGGAGAAGGACAGGAGGAUAACCGAAUUGGAGCAUCUGCUGAAGGAGGAGGACGAUACGUAUGCCAUUGCGCGACGUGACUGUGAAGUGGAGAUUAAGAAGACCCAGGAAGCGUACCAGAAGCUCAUGACAGAGAAGCACAACUACCAAUUGACGCUGGAGAACACGCGAUCCACCGUGAAUAUUUUGAUGGAGCGCCUCAAGAGAUCUGACACAGAUGUGGAGGUGCUGAAUUUGGAGAAGUCAUCGAUGAACUGCGAAAUUGAGCGUCUUAAGGAGCAAAUUCUGCGCACUGAGAACGAGAAGGAGGAGCUGAGGUGUGCUCUCGAGGCACUUCACAAGUCAUCUGUCGCUCUCGAGGUGGAGAUGAAGGCGCGCGAGGCGCUCUAUGAGCAGCUGAUGACGUCCGAGGCCGAGACACUGGUCGUGGUGGACAAUCUGGGAAAGCUGUUCCAGGAUCGCAUUGACGAGGGCGCGAGCAAGUAUGCAGAGAUGUACAGUGAUCUGAAGAAGCGCUAUGAAAUGCGCGAGAGCUACAUUAAGGACAUGAAGAAUUUGCUCGAAGAGUUCGCCGAUGGCAUCGAAUUGGCGAGAAUUGAGUUAGACCUCAAGGAUCAGAAGCUGUAUGACUUGGAGGAGGAGAAUCGCACGAUAAAACUCGAAAGUAUGACGUACAAAUUCAAGUAUCAACAGUUCGAGGCUGAGUCGGAUGGACAUGCCGGCAAAUCGAGUGGUCUGAGGCCACCAAAUCCCACUCCGGAUCCCACACGCGAGGCGCCCGAAGGUGUGGAGUCCAACCAGGCGAUUCAGGAGUUGAUUGACGAGCUGCAGAAGGAGGCAAGUCCGGUGGUGACUCGUCAAAUUUGUCUCCUCGAUGACUUUGCCAGCUGGAAUUGUGCAGAUCAGGGGGAUGAGAACAGAAUUUUGCGUCAACAACUCGGCGAGAUGGUCAAGAAGGUGGAGAAAUUGGAGGCGGAAACACAGAAUUCAAUGCCAGAGAAGAGGUUUGAGUGCUACAAAGAAGAUAACGUGAUUCUUAAGCAGAGGAUUUGCCAUCUGGAGUCAGUCACAAAAGAUCAGGAGGUGACUAUAAAUGUGUUGAAGGAUCUCAUUGACUUGAAUACAACAACAAAUAGCGCCCCAGUGACGCCACACAAACCGCGCAGGGAGAGAAAUGUCCAAAGUGGCACACCAAAGACGCCCAAGUGUCUGUUCAUGGACGGCAAGGAGAAUUUAUCGCCGGCCUCAAAGGUUCUACGCCAGAGAAAUAAUUGAGACUUGUGCAUGAAUUUACCAUCUUCAGAGAGUCUUUUUGUCUAUAAGCUUAAUUGUGCUCACAUGAAUAAAUUAAAACUUCUUCACAAC